CGUCGUUCCAAUAUCAAACGCCUAGAGCAAAAAAAACGAGGAUGCGAUGCGAGGGUUUUCCACUCCACUGCACACUCGGUUUUUCACGUUUUUGGGUUUUUGACACGACGUUCUUUAUCGCGACCAAUGAACUAUCGCGACGAACGGAACAGAUCAAAAAGAACGACGUGGGGUUAUUCAAGACCAGCUAGGUCUUUAAUCAGGGAUCAUCCAAGCAGGAUAAGCUGCUGCAUGUCUGCAAUAGUAAAAGUUAAAGAAAAUGUUGAUGUUCCAUUCCAUAUUGAAUCAAACACUGGUUCCAGUCAACAGCUGACGAAUUCCACUGCUAAUAGUGCCAAUGUCAACAUGAAGAAUACUCAUUCAAAUGGCAAUAGUACUAUCUCUUUAUUUAGCCAUGUUAAGUACCAGCAUUUACUAGCUGGUAUCUCAGGAGGUGCUAUAUCCACCCUUCUCCUGCAUCCAUUGGAUCUUAUGAAAAUUCGAUUUGCAGUAAGCGAUGGAAGAACGACGUUGCCCCAAUAUAAUAGCUUAUCCAGUGCCUUCUACACGGUGUUUCGUCAAGAAGGUGUUAAAGGAUUAUACAGAGGAGUUGCCCCGAAUGUUUGGGGAUCUGGUAGUGCUUGGGGCUUCUAUUUUCUCUUUUACAACUCAAUAAAAAACUGGAUUCAGAAAGGAGAUAGCCAAUAUCCCUUAGGCCCCACAUGGCAUAUGCUAGCUGCCGCUGAGGCAGGAGUCCUAACCCUUUUAGUUACCAAUCCCAUAUGGGUUGUCAAGACCCGCUUAUGCCUGCAAUAUGGAAUCAGAGGACCUGUUCCUACAGAGGCCUCAACAUGGUAUAAUGGAAUGGGUGAUGCUUUAGUUAAAAUUUACAAAAUGGAGGGAAUCCGUGGUUUAUACAGGGGUUUUGUUCCUGGCAUGUUUGGAGUCGUACAUGGGGCUAUUCAGUUCAUGACGUAUGAGGAGAUGAAAGCAUUUUACAACACAUAUCGGAAAUUACCCCAUGACAACAAAUUGACAACUGGAGAAUAUCUUGGAUUUGCAGCGAUCAGCAAAUUAGUGGCAGCAGCUUCAACUUAUCCAUACCAAGUUCUGCGGACACGUAUGCAAGAUAUACACCAUAAUUACAGAGGAACAUGGGACUGCAUCAAGAAGACUUGGAAAUAUGAGGGCACUAGAGGGUUUUACAAAGGUUUAGCGCCAUAUCUCUUACAUGUCACUCCUAAUAUAUGUCUUGUCAUGUUAAUUUACGAGAAAUUCACCAAUUAGGCAUUUUUUUUCAAAUCAAUUUACUGGAAACCGCUGGCGGUUGGCCAAAACUUGCAUGGCAUUUUAAAGCCGUAAACAAGUCUCUUUUUUAUUUGUAGAAUCUCUAGAAUUAGUUAAAUUAGAGUGCCUAUAUGGAGAGCCACUUAAAACGUUCAAUGAAAUUUUACAUAUUCUGCGACCAAGAUAAAAAAAAUGGUCAGAAGGUUUUAAAAUUAUUUUAUUUUAUAUUAACUUUUGUUUGAAAUCCUUAGGUUUUUAUUUUUGUAUUCUCUUUUAAGAAGCAGGGAGUUGAAAUAAAAAGCAAAUAAAUUUCUCACACCUUUAUGUAUUCAAAAAUCUUAUAUUGAAUUGAAAUUUAAUCACUUCAUUAUUAUGGAAAUUAGACUUGAUAUUUUUAUAGGGCUUAGUAUCAGUGACUUAAUACCACUAGAUAGUGCAUCUCAUCCAUGAAAUACGCUUUGUUGUAUUGACAGGGAAAUGUGGUAGAGACGGGCGGGGCAUGGUGGGGAUGAAAUCCCGCCUUCCCGAGCACAUGAUUGGAUAAUAAAAAUUAUAAAAUAAUUAAACUUGCUUUCGUACAAUACGUUACAGGAUGUAUAUUUUAAGUGAUACCACUAUUGCUAUAUCUAAAACAGUAAGAACUACAACGUCGGUUAAAUGAGAAAAAAGUUUUUUUUUUUUUUUUUCAUGCACAUUCAAGACUCGUUCACAGUGUUGCCAAAUUCCUUCCAGUUUAUGAAAUACAGGUUUAUAACUAGGGCCGAAUUGAGGUAAAAUUCGGGUGAAAAUCACAUUUUGGAUUAGAAACGUUGGCAAUCAUUCUUGAGAGGUAUAUUGUUAAAAAGAGGAUAAAGGGAACUUUCUGAAAAUGACAUAAAAAAUCCAAGUCUGUAUUUAAAAAAAUGAGGUUGAUAAUGGUAGCUCCAUUACGAAACGCCGGAUUUUAAAUCUGAAGAUUUCACGUUAUAGAGAGAAAAAAAUUGUAAAAUUUUCAAAUUCAAAUUGUGUCUCGAAAAUUAAUAGUUUUCGAAAUAACUGAUGAAAUAUUUUUAAGCGCGUCACCCUGUAUUUCAUAAACUAAAAGGAAUUUGGCAACAGUGUAAACAAGUCUUGAAUGAGAAUCAAAAAAGGCAACUUUUUCCUAAUUUAAGCCAACCCUGUAGCUCUUACUGUGGUAUCACUUAGAAUAUACACCCUGUAUAAUAAUAAUAAAAUUAUAUUAUUAUAUUAUAUAAUAUCGGUCUUUGUUUAACGUUUAUUAAUCAUGGCCUAAGAUAAAGAGACCACGAUAAUCUCGGUAUUACCGUAUUACUUUAACAGGCGAUUUUUUGAUUUAUUGCGACAUUACCAAACAAUACGAAAGUUCGCCCUGAUACCCGUGUUGAAAAAUGAGAAAAAUAUUCACAGGACAAAAUCUGGCAUUUUAGUAAUAAUAUAGAAAGGAUCAGAGAUGUUGUCAACAUCUAUUUUGGUUUACAAUUCCGUCUAUCUGUGAUAUGAGGUCAUUGUUUAGCAUAAUCUCUUGCUGAUAUACCCUAUCAGACAAAAGUGAAGCAACGUUUAUGAUAAAAUGCAAUAUUUCAUGUAUUUUAAAUACGACUUUUUACCCCAGAAAUUGAAAAGGCUUCAGUUUAAAAGCUGAUAGAAGGCCGUUGUCACAGGUGAAAUUACAUCGUUUUCGAAUGUCAUAUUAUCUAUGCUAUAAUUUUAUUUAUGUAAACAAUAAAUAUUUAAGGAGACAAAAGUAAAGCAAAUUUUUGAUAUUUUUUUGAAAAGAAGGGAUUACGUUUCAGGUAAGAUCAAAAACGAUAAAAACAUAUUUUUAUGAGCUGAAAAUCAAGCAUUUCUGUAUUUCCGACAGGAUUAAAUAUGCCAAAAGGUGAACCAAUUUGACUCGAGUCUGAGCAAAUGGUGAUAGACGCUUUUUGUGGAGGAAGACGUUUGGUAGAUAUUUCCAGACAGCUUCUGCGAAGAUACAGUGUGUUUAGAAUAAUUUCACGUUAAAAUUAUUGGGGAUUGAUGCCAAAGUCAGUAAGGCACUAAAAACAUUAUUUUGGAUGGUUUAGUUUGAGUAGGAGAAUGAGAAGGAUUCGACAGAGAGAUCCGUGAUGUCAGGACCAAUUAUAAUUGCUGAACUAAAAGUAAGUGCGCGAAUUGUCCAACAAGGAUUUGUUGAUGCACGGCUUUACAGCAGAUGUACAGCCAAAAAACCGUUGGUUCUCGAAAGAAAUUGCCGUGCCAAGCUUGAUUUUGCGCAACGUCAUUGUUCAGCGAAGAAACUCUAUAAAAAUUUUAAUUCCAAUGGAAUAAGUCGUGUUAGGUAGUGGCCUAUUUGUGAGUUUGCUUUUAGCAUUGUGAAUCCAGGCUUCCUUCUCCAAGCUGUCUCUCUUUUCCUCUUCCAGUCCACUUCCCUAGCCUUCUCUCGGUCUAACACAUCUUCCAUUGCACUUUAUAGUUGGGACUAUGGAUCAAUUGAUCUACUAUAGGGACAUACUCCGAAAUGUUAUCUUGCUUUGAGCUUGAGCUAAGUAGUAGAUACCAUUGCGAUUCGUAUUGCAACAAAAGAAUGACCCGAAACACACAUUCCCGCUUGUGCUGGAGUUGUUUCAGGAGAACAAUGUCAAAGUCCUACAGCGGCCGGCACAAUCACUAGAUCUCGACCCUAUCGACAACCAGUUGGAAGAGGUUGAGCUCCAAAUUCGUAUCACAUUUCUAAACAAACUAUCAACGGAGCUUGGACCAAUGUGCCGAUUUGUACUAUUCAAAAUUUAAUUUCAUCAAUGCCAUGUCGUUGCCAAAAAGUUGUAGCAAAUAAUGGAUAUCCUAUCAACUAGUGAGUUAAAAUUGUUUAUUUCAUUAAAUUUCCAACCAAAUAUAUACCUACCUGUUAUUUUUGUGUAAAUAUAAUAAAAUUUUGAUUUAAUUAAAAUUGCUUUACUUUUGUCGUGUUAAUGAAAUGUGUUGUUUAAAUAAAUUAUUACACCCAAAUUUAUUUGACAUUUGACAACAAUCAUAUCUAACCUGCCACUGCAGCAUACCAUGAUCUUUUUACUGGAAGGUUUUGAAUCUUCUCUUAUGCCAAUUUUAUUUUUGAUACCUACCUGAUUAAAUAUUUGAUAUCUUCAUAAGAGUUUCUUUACUUUCGUCCGAUAGAAGGUCUGUUCGAACCGACAUGAGAACCGUUCUAGAACGGUAAUUUCCAGUCGAUCAAUUCAUUUGUCAAUUAGGAUAAACGUUCAACUUAUUGGAAAAAUGUGGGAACUGGAAAUUACCGUUCUAGAAAGGUUCUCAUGUUGGGCUGGAACAGAACUAGUGUAUAGGGUAGAUUUAAAUUAAAAACAGUCGACACAAUACUUGGACUGUUUUAGUUUUAUUAAUAAAACGGCUAUAGGAAAAAAAAUAUUUAUUAAACAUUUUUAUACCUAGUUAUUUGAAAAAAUCCAGUAACAGUAGAACCUAGAUUCAUAGGAAUUAGAAAUAUCAGAGGUGCGGAUCUGAAUCUUCACAAUAUCUCAGUGAAGUCACAAUUUAAUUUAUUUGAAGUAUUGUUAAAAAACUAAAAUAUUGCUAAAUAACUGUUUGCUUAAAACUGAAAAACAUCACGGAAUUAUCCGUGUUUUUGGUUACGCUAGGUACGAGCAACCCACCUCAGAUAAUGUAGUAUAAACUAAACAGGCUCUUCUGUAAUAACUAUUUGACCAAUACAAUUUUGGCAUAGACUAAUUUUGUUUUGACAUAGAUGAUAGACUGAUUUGAUUUGAAACCUAACUUUUUUUUACUGAACUGCAGCUAUGCAGAGAGGUUCAUCAUUUUUUCCAUUUUAAAGUUGGUUAUUUAUGGUUGAAAUUGAUACUUUUUGAUUCUCAUAAGGAUUUUAGAAAAAUAUUCUGUAAGGCAUAGGUGCGGGCGCCUAAAAUGAAAAUAGUAUACUACCUUGGCAGAUAUUGGUUGCGUUUCGCUCUGAAAAUACAAUAGUGCUGCAUGCAAUACCAAUUGGGUAGCUAAGCUCAAGUUGCUCAAGUACAGUUGCUCGCGCCAUUUAAAAAUGACAGAGUAGAAAGCAAAUUUAUGGCUUGAAAACGGGGAUAAAGUAAACAAACCUGGAUUUUGGUUCAUUCGGGUAUACUAGAAAAUGAAAUGGAAAAUGCUAGCAAAUAUAGGCAAGAAUUUGAACAAAGAUGUUGGAAGUUUAUCUUCAGAAGAUAAUGAAGAUUGGAAAAAUUCCUUCAAAAUUAAAGGAUAAUAGUUCCUAAAUAUAUAGAGCUCUUUCCCAAAAAGAAAGUGGUUUUCAAAUUUACCUACAUCACUAUAACAAAAAUGUGAUCUGCCCAUUGCUUGACCAUAUCUCUAUGAAUUAGGCAUUAUCAAGCAUUUGAGGAAUGAUCCUCCUGUGCAAGUGUGGCAUGACUAGAUUUGAAUCGUGAUAAAAUCCCCAAUUUUAUUCUAUAUGAUGAACCAAGAGAUCUCAGGAACAAAUUCACCUUAAGACAUCCUCUUAGUUUAUGUAACAUUAGUAUGGAGACCAUAUCAGAUAAUUAUAAUAAAAAAUUAAUAUUUUAUGAUACCAUCUACCGUCACCUUAAUAAUUAGAACAAAAAAAGUCAUGUAAGACUAAAUCAUUAAUUUACAAUAAACUCUAAAAUGAAUAUAUUGCAGUAUUUAAUUAAAAAAAAAGAAUAAAAUAAAGAGUUAGGUAUAUUUAAAAUUUUAGGUCUGUUUCCCUAGUAUUUUCUUCUAUCCAUUUGUCAAACUUUUCUAUCAGAUCCGGUGUCAUGUGAUUUUUGUGAUCACCAAUAAUACCUUUUCUGACAAAAUAGUUACUCGUCUUAUUAUGAAAUCCUUCACCUCGCAAAACGUCUGUACCGACCUAGUUAAAGUUAAACAAAAAAAAAUAUCUGUAGCAAUAGGUGUAAUAGUAAUAUAAUAAUUUGAAAAUUGUGUGAAAAGAAAAUUGUGAUCUUAUACAUUUAUACUUACUUUCAAGUUACAGGCAUUAUUUUUUUGCAUAUUUGAAAAGCUCAAAUAUUUACUGAUCGCCUUAACAUCAUCAUCCAAUAAAGUUUUUCCAAUAA